GUAUGUAGAGUAUGCAGGUCAGAAGGUGGCCAUGAGCGACCUCUAUUUCAUCCAUGUAUUUGCACUGGUAGUAUUCGCUACAUUCAUCAAGAUUGUCUGGUGCAAUGGCUAAAACACAGCAAGAAGGAAUAUUGUGAGCUAUGCAUGCACAAGUUCACUUUUGCCCCAAUAUACUCUCCUGACAUGCCCCCUCGCUUGCCCCUCCGUGACAUUGUAUGGGGUCUUGUAAGGAACUUUGGUACAGCUGUACUCUGUUGGAUCCACUAUACCAUGGUCAUCUUUGCUUGGCUUGGCAUUGUUCCUGUUACAGCAAGUCGUAUAUAUGGCUGCCUCUUCAAUACAUCCCUCGCUCCCGUGUUGUCCUUGCCAUUUGAUAUCUUCUCUUUGGAGAAGAUGGCUACAGACAUCCUGCAAGGUUGCUUUGUGGUUGGUUGUACACUAUGUGCCCUGAUCAGUUUGGUACUACUAAGAGAGCAGGUGGCCCAUGGAGGAGGGCCGGAAUGGCUGGAGGAUCCUGGAGGAGAACAUGCAGCAGCAGCAGGAGGAGGAGGAGGAGGGGUUGGAGCUGGACAAGGAGCUGUGGCUGAAGGAGUGCUAGAGAGGGCACUGAGAGGGUUUGCAAAUAACCCUGGUCAAGCUGCACAGAAUCAACAGAAUAAUGGUGGUGUGAGGCAGAGACAAGAAGGAGCAGCAAACCACCAAGCAAGACAGAAUGUACGAGGAGCAGAGGCUGGACAAAGACCCAAUGAAGGAGAACAAGGUGGAGUGAUGGAUGGAGAAGCAGGAGGAGGGCAGGAAGCACCAGAUCAACCUGAGCAACCUGCUAAUAACCAAGCAGAAGAUAAUGCAGGUCAUGAUGAUAUAAACUGGAAUGCUCUUGAAUGGGAUCGAGCGGCUGAAGCAUUGACUUGGGAGGAGCUCCUUGGAUUGGAUGGCUCAUUAGUAUUCUUAGAGCAUGUAUACUGGGUCACAGUGCUCAAUGCACUUUUCAUCUUUCUAUUUGCAUUCUGCCCAUAUCACAUUGGAGGAUUAAGCACUCUUGUACUAGGCUGGCAGGAUAUCAUUAAGAAGACUCACUUUGAAGGCCUCAUCACAACCAUGCUGGGAUACAUCUGUCUUGCUGCUCUACUUGUACUCUUUCAUAGUUGCAGCAGAUUGUUGAAAUUUUUCCAAGCAGGUCGUCUCUUUGGUCUAUGCUAUGUUGUAUUGAAGGUCUUUCUACUGGUAGUCCUAGAAAUAGGGGUUUUCCCCCUUAUCUGUGGUUGGUGGUUAGAUAUCUGUUCACUGUCCUUAUUUGAUGUAACCAUUCAAGAAAGACUACAGGGUUUCAACUCCGCCCCUGGUACAGCGACCUUCUUGCACUGGCUUGUAGGCAUGGCAUAUGUCUUCUACUUUGCAUCUUUCAUUCUGCUACUCAGAGAGGUUCUUAGACCUGGAGUUCUCUGGUUUCUAAGGAACCUCAAUGAUCCUGACUUUAACCCAAUCCAAGAGAUGAUCCAUCUACCGAUCUACCGUCAUGCCCGACGUUUCAUCCUCUCCAUUAUCGUCUUUGGAUCGGUGGUACUCCUUAUGGUGUGGUUACCAAUCACUAUCAUCAAACACCUAGUCCCAUCGUUCCUCCCGUAUCAUAUGCAUUUGUCUGGAGACACGGCUGUGACGGAAUUAUCCCUGGAACUUCUUCUGCUUCAGGUUGUAUUGCCAGCGUUAUUAGAACAAGGACACACCAGGAUGUGGCUGAAGAACCUGAUCAGAUACUGGACAAUCAUGGCAGCUUAUCUUCUGGACUUGCGGUCAUACUUAUUAGGAGAUGUACCCGUCGCUGGAGAGGCCGGUGAAGAUGGAGAAAGAGCAGAUGAAGAAGAAGUAGAAGAUAACACUGAACAGGAAGAUGUGCCAGCUCAAGAUAUAGAGGAUGAUGAUAAUGGUGAUGAAGACGUAGAAAAUGAUACAGAUCAUCAAAGGAGGACUACUCAAGAAAUAGAUGAAAAUUGUGAAUCGUUAGAUGGUGAGAGGAAUGACUCUUUGCAACCUGUUGAACAACUUGCCACAUUGAUGGAAAACUUAAACCAUAGAAAGAGGGUUUUAACGCCUGACGAUAGCGGACCGGAGGCCAGAGUGAACAAACCUUUUGAGGCGUUGGAAGGCCCGUCUGGAAGUGAUUUUGAGGCAAGAAACAGUCUCCCGUAUCUCCAGCUGAGACGUGAACAUCAAGACAGUGACGUGGAGAUGAGGGAAGAGGAAAGGGAAGGAGAAACCAUGGCAACAGAUCAAGAGAAUGAUGAUGAUGCAGUGGAAGAGGGAGAUGAAGAAGAGGAGGAAGAGGUUGAAGAAGAAGGUGUUGAUGAAGUAGUUCAUGUGAUGGAUCAGGAGGAAGUGGUAGACUUUGGAGCAGGACUGCAUGCGGCGCAUCAUGCUAUGCUUAAUAACAGACAACCAACACACUUUGAGCCCUAUAAUAGACCAAACAUCUUCCAUUUCAGGGUCAUUCUAUUAGUAGUCCUUCUGUGCCUGACACUUCUGCUAUCUAGCCUUGUAUGCAUGACCGUACCAGUAUUUAUUGGUCGUCAUGUGAUGGGUCUAUGGAUGGGUCAGGGUGCUGUGGUACAUGAGCUCUAUACUGGUGCUUGUGGGCUUUAUAUCUGUUGGCUGGUACUAAGACUAGGUUCUGUCAUGAUGACAUGGGUACCCCAGGGAGUGGAGCUAUUUCUGGUGAAAGUCCAAGAAUAUGCAAUGCUGGGUUGGAAGUCUGUUGUAGUUGCUAGUAUGUUGCUUGGUGUGGUUCCACUGUUCUUGGGUGUUUUGUUUGAGUUAGUUGUCGUCAUCCCUCAGAGAGUUCAGAUGGAUCAAACACCGGUAUUCUUCUUGAGACAGGAUUGGGCAUUAGGUGUCCUUCAAGCCAAGAUCUUAUGUGCCCUGACCAUGAUGGGACCUAGCUGGUGGCUUAAAGAUGUCUUAGAACAGGUCUAUCAGGAUGGUCUAAGGCAACUCAAUCUGACCUUCAUCACACGUCGUCUAGCUUUGCCAGUCACAGUCUGCCUUCUAGUGGCCCUCACUGCUCCAUACUCUUUUGCUGUUGGCAUUUUUCCUCUCUUCGGAUUUAGUGAAGAGAUCAAUCAUCAGAUGGCUAGGCGUAUCUAUCCCCUCAUUGUCUCUGUGGUUGUUGGAUCGUCUCUGGUUGUAUUCCAGGCCAAGCAAUUCAAGAAACUCUAUGAACACAUAAAGAAUGAUAAAUACCUUGUUGGACAGCAGUUGGUGAAUUACGAGCCCAAGUCUGUCCGGGACAAUGCUACUCAGACAGCAGAAAGCUGAACAUGUAUGAGAGAUUCCUUGAUACAACUGCUUAUACAUCGGAUCUCCGAGUCAUGUAGUAGAUGGCUAUGAAAUGUAUUUACAUGAUUGUUCAUUCAACGGAUACAUGAGCAUUGUAUGUUAUGAGACUCCUAUUUUUACUACAGGGACAGUCGUAAUCUCAUGGAUUUCUUGAUAGAAUGGACUUCGAAAUUUUACUAUACAGCAAAUAAUAAUAAUACAAUUUGCAAAUUGGAUUUUGCAAAAGCUUAUACCAACAAUGAAAUCAGUAUUGAAUUUUAUUAGAACCGAAUGAAAAUUAUAAGGAUGGUAGUUUUGCUUGACUUUGCAUUUGCUAUUUUUGCACGAUGCUUUGUACCGUCUAUGUAUUAUUUCAUUUAUUUCUUCAAUGUAACACAGGGUUGUUUUAUCUACAUUUUAUUGUGGAUUUGCAGUUGUACAUGGUGUAUGAAGUGCAUGAUAAGUUUCACUGUGCAGUCUGUCUAUUUCUAAAGUGAUCCUACUUGUAGGAGCUCCAUCAACCUGUUGACAGAUUUCAUUGAAGACCCGUUGAGAGAAUACACUGGAGAUUGUUUGCAUGUGGAAAAAACCCACAAUGAACAACAACAUCAUUGUUAUUGUUAGCACAUAUUCUGGUCAUUCAGUUGUUGACUUUAAUACUUGUAUAAAGCAUAAUCAUAAAAGCAAGUAUUAAAAUUAGUAGGGGAGACCGGGGUUAGUUGGAACAUUUUUGACGAAAAUGGCUGUAAAAUCCAAAAAGAUUUUAUUCGAGAUACAAUCAAUAUAUCAGCUUGAAGUAUAUAUCUAUGGGCUUCAAAUAUACCCCAUAAAAUUUUUAACUCUAUCAUGGUUACUGAAAAAAUCCACCUUGAACAAGACCAUCGCGAACGUUCCAACUUACCCCAAUGCGGGGUAAGUUGGAACAUGGUAUGGGGUAAGUUGGAACACUGCAUGGUCAAUUAAGAAUUAUACUAAAACUACUCAAAACUGUAAUAUUACAUGGUUUUAGCCUAUUUGCUUUAUUUUUUCAAGUUCAAAAUAUUUAAAGUGGAUUUGUUGAACUUUAUGUUUUCUAUUAUACAGCCACUCACGCAAGCAGACUGUGUAAUAGAAUUCUGCAUAUUUGGGUGCAUUUGAUUUUACAUGCAAUUAAGUGUUCUAUCAGCAAUUUCAUGUACUUCUGCAUCAAAUUUACAUGACAAAAAUUAAAAAUCGAAAAAGCGCACACAGGCAUCGCAAAUUUGGUCUCAAAUGAUGCGCAAGACUUGAAAGUAAAAAUUCAGCGAGCAGUGUAGUCAAAAAAAUUUGUGCGACGGCCUAGUGACGAAAUUUCACGAGGGGGGCUCAAAUUGACCCCCCCCAGUUUGAUAAUGGUUAAUAUUGCAUUAGGGGCCUACAAUAGGCCUUAAAUGCACACUCAGACCUAACUGAUAAACAAAACAAGCAUGGUAUACAACACAUGUUCAGAAGAGUGUGAAAUACUGUAUAUAUUUUUUUCUCAUAUCCAAUGUUUUCAUUCUUAAUUAUGUUUGGGGUAAGUUGGAACAUGUUCCAACUAGCCCCUUCAAUUUUGUUCCAACUAACCCCGGAGGCCCAUUUGACGUUUAUAAGCUUACAGCACAAAAAAGGGACUUCACCAUGGCAUAUUAAUAACCUCAUUUUGUAGCUUGGUACAAGUGUCUAUUAUACCCCAAACUGGCCAACUUGAUCUAUAAACUUCUCUGAGAUAAUAAAACAUUUUUGAAAGAGAAAAAAAUUACUCAGAAGGUCAAAAAACAAAAAAUCCUUUCUAACUUCACCAGGCUUGUUGCACAUGUGUUGUCUGUAAUAUGGUGGAUGGCUGUUGAUAAUGACAAUAAAUUGAGGGCAGAAUUGCAGAAAUUUAUUUAAAGACGUUAAAGAAAAUUACAAUGUUUCAACUUACCCCGCGUUCCAACUAACCCCGGUCUCCCCUAUUUCUAAUUUCAAUUUUCUUGCACUUGUGGGUUAGCAUAUUAUUAUAUUUCUUAAUAUAAAAUCCAGUACAAUAUUUAUAAAAGCAUAAGACUAACUGUACCAAAGAAAGUUCUGAAGUGUUUGAAAAUGUCAAAAAUUUCUUUGAUUUUCAUAGCACAUAUCAUGUACUUUUUAGCCUUUCCGUCUAUAAUCCAAGUAGUUAUAACUUGAAUAUUGUGAAUGUAUCAUAUUAUAUGCCAAUUAUUCUUCAUUGAUGUGUCAGCACUUUGCAGCCUGCUCACACAAACAUACACAAAAUAGCAUUGACUAAAUAUGUAAUAAUAUGCUGUAAAGCGCUUUGAGCCAUUCUGGGAAAAGCGCUAUAUAAAAAUUGGCUAUUAUUGUUAUUAUUAUUAGACAACGGUUCAAAUUUGGUUGAUAUAUAAAUGGCAGUUUGAAUUUGUUUUGGAAUAAUUCAUGUUAGAUUUUUACUGUAUAUGUUGUAUUAGUUUACUGCUACUCAAGUGUGUCAAAUACAAUAUGAAUAUGUUUACAUGUACAGUAUUUCAUUAAAAGGGUUACUAACUAUUUAUAAUUCAUAUGAAAACAAAUGAUGCAGAAAUCCUGUAAAACAGUAUGUUUAUUUUCUUAGAACAUGAAGGCAAAUAUAGUUUGAUGGUAUAUGUGCUGGUACUCUUGAUUAAGAUUUUGUUGAAUAUACAGAAUAACAUACUUAUAUGCUUUGUUAGUGACAAUACUCAAAACCAUUUUUAUUGAAAAUACUGGUUGUUGAGCAUGUAUAGAG